UUUCUUGGCUGGAUUCAAGUUAAAUGAUGCUCAUCCUCCUCGAUCUCUAACCCUUUUUGAACAUUUCCCCCUUGAAAUAGGUCAGUUAAACCAUCGUAAACUUUAGUUCAAUCUAAAGGCAAAGGUUUUCAGCCAAAAUGAUUGAAAAUCUAGACGAUCUGGAUGAAAAUCAAAAGGAAACCCUAAAGAAGUUUCGGGAACAAGUUCAAAGUAGUCUCAAAGAUGAUCAGGAUGAUUAUUUCCUGCUAAAAUGGCUUCAAGCAACUGACUUUGAUGCUGAGAAGGCAGAUGACAUGUUUAGGCAGAGUCUUUGGGUGAGAAAAAAGCUUGAUCUGGAUUCUGUUCUUACUCCAUCCUAUAAACCACCAGAGGUCCUCAUGAAGUAUGAUCCAGGUGGUUUCUAUGGUUACGACAAGGAAGGAUCUCCAAUAUUUGUUGAUCCACUUGGACAAAUUGACUUUAAAGGCCUUCUUCAUUCAGUCAAGAAAGAUGAUGUUCUGAGAUUCAAAGGAUAUCAUGCUGAGAAAGGAUUGCAGCUUGCUAAAGAAAAGGCAAAAGAGACAGGAAAAAGAGUGCAUCAAGUAGUAAACAUCCUGGACAUGGAGGGCCUGGGGCUUAAACACUUGUGGGGACCUGGUGUAGCACUCUUCAAUAGUGUAGCAACACUUUAUGAAAACAACUUUCCUGGUUACUGGAAAAGAAUAUUUGUAAUUAAAGCUCCUCUGAUUUUCCCUGCGGCCUACAAUUUGGUCAAGCCAUUCCUGAGUGAAGACACCAAGAAUAAAAUCAAGAUACUUGGAGGUGAGAUAUUAUUAAGUCAUUAAUAAUUGUACAAGUACCAUAAUGUCCAUCACUAGUUUUUGCUGAGAAGCAUUACAUGCUGGUGCCCCUACCCUCUCAUCAAGGGGGUUGACACAUGGCUUAGGGCUGCUGUGGUCUUUAACGUCUUAUUUGUGACAGAGUCAAAAGACACUAUUUUGGACAGUAAUUAUUUAGUCAUAAAUCUAUAUUUUUAAUUAGGAAUGCCUCGUGUACACAUAGGAAUGUAAUUCUUUAGUUAACUGUUUGCGUGGAAAAUGCGUAAGCAAGAAAUAAUUUCCGUACGUAAUUA